CAGAAACCUUGCAGCCAAAACAGUGCCAUUUGACAGAAGACCUCUUUGGGGAAAGAGGUUUGGUUCAACAACGUGCGUUUUGUGUCUGCUCGCUUUUUUGUCAGGCUGAACUGGCAAAAAAUGGCAAAGACUCUUGUUCUGGUUGCAUCUCUGCUAAUUUUGGGAAAUGUUUUCUUUAGCCAUGCCUCCUUUCCCCCCAGUGUCAUCGUAGACAUAGCAACAAUCAUCUUGAACAAUUACUGCUCACCAGAGAAGCUGGUGGGGAUGAAGGAGGCAAUCGAAGCAGCCAGCAGCAACACAGGUAUUCUCAACAUGCCAGAUGCCGAAACUCUGGCGAAUGUCCUCAGCAGUGGGGUUCAGCACACAGUCAGUGACCCACGCCUGACAGUCUCCUAUGAGCCAAACUACGUUCCUGCAGUUCCCCCAAAGUUGCCUCCCCUGCCCCCUGAGCAGCUCAUCGCAGUCAUCCAGAACUCCAUGAAGCUUGACAUCCUGGAGGGCAACAUUGGCUAUCUGAGGAUUGAUCACAUCCUUGGAGAAGAGGCAGCUGAAAAGGUUGGUCCUUUGCUUCUAGACCUUGUCUGGAGUAAAAUCUUGCCUACAUCUGCCCUGAUCUUUGACUUGCGCUACACUGGCAGUGGGGAAGUCACUGGGAUCCCCUACAUUGUGUCUUACUUCACCGAAGCUGAGCCUCUGAUUCACAUCGACAGCAUUUAUGACCGUCCCUCGAACACCACCACUCCAUUUUUUACUAUGCCGGAUCUGCUUGGGCAGAGAUAUGGUGCAACUAAAUCCAUCAUUGUCCUCACCAGCAAAAACACCAAGGGCAUUGCCGAAGAUGUUGCCUACUGUCUUCAGAAUCUGAAAAGGGCCACCAUUGUUGGUGAGAAGACAGCGGGAGGCUCGGUGAAAAUUGAUAAAUUCAAAGUUGGUGAUUCUGACUUCUAUGUCACUGUACCAACUGCUAAGUCUAUCAACCCCAUUACUGGCUCCACUUGGGAGAUCACAGGUGUCACCCCAGAUGUGGAGGUAAAUGCUGAGGAUGCCCUUGCUACCGCUAUCAAGAUCAUCAACCUCCGUGCCCAAGUUCCAGCAAUCAUUGAGGGAUCAGCAACCCUGAUUGCUGACAACUAUGCCUUUGAAAAUAUUGGGGCAGAUGUUGCAGCAAAGCUCAAAGAGCAGCUGGCAAGUGGCACAUACAAUAUGGUUGUCUCCAAGCAGAGUUUGGAAUCGAAGUUGUCUGCUGAUCUGCAGACCCUUUCUGGGGACAAGAGCCUGAAGACCACCAGCAACACUCCAGCCCUACCACCUAUGGAUUAUACCCCAGAAAUGUACAUUGAACUGAUCAAAGUCUCCUUCCAUACUGAUGUAUUUGAAAACAACAUUGGCUAUCUGCGUUUUGACAUGUUUGGAGACUUUGAGGAGGUGAAGCCUAUUGCCCAGGUUAUUGUUGAACAUGUCUGGAACAAAGUUCUCAACACUAAUGCUUUGAUCAUUGACCUCAGGAACAAUCUCGGGGGACCAACAACAGCUAUCGCAGGCUUCUGCUCUUACUUUUUUGACGCGGACAAGCAGAUUGUGUUGGACAAGCUUUAUGACAGAUCAUCUGGAACCAUCACAGAGCUCCAAACUCUGCAGGAACUCACCGGUGUACGGUAUGGCUCCAAGAAAAGCGUAAUCAUCCUGACCAGUGGAGCUACUGCUGGUGCUGCAGAAGAGUUUGUUUACAUCAUGAAGAAGCUGGGCCGCGCCAUGAUCAUUGGCGAAACUACAGCUGGGGCGUCCCACCCACCCAAGACCUUCCAGGUCGGCGAGACCGAUAUCUUCCUCAGCAUCCCCACUGUUCACUCCGACAAUUCUGCAGGGCCAGCCUGGGAGGGAGCCGGCAUUGCACCUCACAUUCCCGUCCCAGCUGAUGCUGCCCUCGACACUGCCAAGGGCAUCUUCAACAAGCACCUUGCAGUUAAAGAAACCACGUCCUGAACAAAGUCAUGGGGGACACAAUCGCCUCUUUGUUUUGGCAGCCAAAUAAUCUCAAGAGUCUAGGCUUGUUUAAAAAGUGAACAAUGUAGGUUUUGUGUAAAAAAUAAAGUAUAAUCUGUUCUUCAUAACUAAGCCUUUUUAGUCUGUUCUUAAAGUAGAGCAAAGUUUUCUGUAGUUUUCAUUUCUGUCAAAUAUUACUGUGCUGAGGUGGUUGAGAAUGAAUGGCUCUGCCUAUGCAGUUCUUUGUGAAGUUAGUGUUUGUCAAAGACGUCUGGAAAAAACAUCAAUAAAACUUUGUAAAAUUGUAAUUAGGAGCUCUGUAUAAUAAUCAAUUUGUUACUCUGAUGAAGAAACCAUCACAUGUGAUGUUCUUACUGUGGAUACAACAUGCAUCGUUUUUCCACUAUGUAGUGAACUUCGUGCCAUGUGAACAUUUCUGGGUUUUAUCAGACACAAUAAAAAACAAACUGAAAUAUA